AUGGGAGAAGUGAAUGUAACGUUUAAGGAACCGGUAUACAAGAUUCUUGACCGGAUCAAACACGAGCCAUAUUUUCGAUGGUCGAAUAAGAUAAGAAGGGACCCAUCCAGGAGGAAUCAGAAUCUGUACUGCACUUAUCACCGGGACAAGGGUCAUACUACCGAACAAUGCCGGGUAUUAAAGGAUCACCUUGGGCAAUUAGUCAAGGCUGGGCACUUAAAGGAUUUUGUGCUAGGCUCGGGAGACAGAGUCGUAGGACAAGAUAUUCGGCAAAGGGGGGACCCUCUCCCACCCCCUGUAGGGGUGAUUGAAGUAAUCCAUGUUGCCCCGGAGAGGCUCAUUGCAGGAAGGAGGAAAGAAGUGUUGACAGUAGUACCGGGGGAACCCUCUCCCACCCCCUGUAGGGGAAGGAGGAAAGGAGUGUUGACAGUAGUACCAGUAGAGGGUAACCUGGAUCUCCAGUCGCCGGGUAAGAAGAUGAAGUUUGCACGAGAGCCUAUCUCAUUCGACGAUGACAACUUGGAGGGGACGAUCCAACCAUAUUAUGACGCAUUAGUAGUCACGACCCGGAUAAGCGGCUUCUUAGUAAAAAGGGUGAUGAUAGACCAGGGAAGCGGGGCUGAUGUAAUGUACCCUGAUCUGUUCAAGGGACUCGGGCUAAGGAAGAAGGACUUGAUGAAGCACACUUCACCUUUGGUUGGGUUUGACGGCAAAGUGGUGAUUCUUGAGGGGAAAAUUUCUCUUCCCAUGAUUAUGGGAGGGAAAGAGGUGGCAGUGACAUUCACAAUAGAUGAAGCAAGCAUAAGCAAUGAGGAAAGAGUCCAAGUAUUGUUGUUUUUGAUUCAAAACAUGGAUGUUUUCGCUUGGAACCCUUAUGAAGUUCCCGGGGUUGAUCCUAGGUUUAUCAUCCACAAGCUUAACGUAGACCCCUCAUAUCCCCCGAAGAAGCAGAAGCCGAGAAGGUCGGCCAAAGACCAUGUUGAUGCGGUAAGACAGGAGGUAGAGAAGCUGAAGGAGGCAGAAGCAAUAAAGGAGACCUUUUUCCCUGAAUGGCUGGCAAAUACAGUGGUUGUCCGGAAGAAGAACGGAAAAUGGAGGAUUUGUGUGGAUUUCAUGGAUUUGAACCGAGCAUACCCAAAGGACCCGUUCCCCAUGCCAAAGAUUUAUCAAUUAGUGGACGCCACUUACGAGCACCCGAGGAUGAGUUUCCUGGAUGCUUUUCAAGGGUACCAUCAGGUUGCCCUGGCUGGUGAAGACCAGGAGAAAACGGCGUUCAUAUCCCCCAAUGCUAAUUAUCAUUACACCGUGAUGCCUUUUAGGCUAAAGAAUGCCGGGGCGACAUACCAGCGGAUGAUGACGAGGAUGUUUCGGGAUAAAAUUGGGCAUACGGUCGAAGUGUAUAUCGACAACAUGGUGGUAAAAAGCAACUGGGGGAUAGAGGUCAAUCCUGACCAGAUAGAGGCCGUGAAGCGUCUCCGGUCGCUGAGCAAUCCGAAAGAAGUACAAGUGUUGAUCGGGAUGCUCGCCGCUUUCAACCGGUUCAUCUCAAAAUUUUCAGAUCACUGCCGUCCAUUUUAUCAGCUUUUGAAGAAGUGGAAGGGAUUUUGGUGGGAUGAUGAAUGUAAAAAGGCUUUCCAGGACCUCAAGGAGUACUUAGUGCAAGCGCCGAUGUUGAGUGCACCAGAGCCCGGGGAGGAACUAUCAUGUACCUAUCCGACCAUGUUGAAAUUGCCUCAAUACUUUCAGGCUCAUACCGUAUAUGUGCUGACCAAACAUCCCCUACAGUCAUUAUUGAAGAGGUCUGAUCUCACGGGGCAAAUAGCUAAAUGGGGGACACAACUUGGGGCAUUCGAUGUGAGGUAUAAGCCGAGAAGUGCAGUAAAGGGGCAGGUAUUAGCUGAUUUUGUAGCAGAAUUCUCUCCUAAAGGGGAGAUGAUCUGUCAGUUGAAGCACCGCCCGUGGAAGGUAUAUGUGGAUGGGGCUUCUAGCGUUAGAGGGGCCGAAGCCGGGAUAGUCAUAAUUACCCCGGAGGGAAUUCUCUUGGAGCAUUCGUUCAGGUUGGGAUUUAACGACUCCAACAACGAGGCAGAGUAUGAAGCUUUGCUUGCCGGACUGAGGGCAGUUUCAAGAUUAGAAGCCCAAGAUGUAGAAGUUUAUUCGAAUUCAAGGCUCAUAGUUAACCAGGUGAUUCAAGUGGCCCGAGCACAGAACAGACAUGUCGACUUACUCGCCACUCUGGCAUCGUCAAUUGCCAAGGAUAUUCACCGACUUAUCAAAGUAGAACUCGUUCCCGAGCCCAGCAUUAAGGUGGCAGGAAAUGAGGGGGCUGCGAGAGUCGAAGUCACAGUAGUCGCAACACUUGGACCGGGCUGGAUGAACCCCAUCAUAAAUUUCUUAGCCGAUGACCGAAUUUCGAGCAAUGAGAAGGAGGCCAACAAGGUCCGCAGGGUAGCUGCCCGGUAUUGGUUGUCUAGAGACCAGAAACUCUAUCGUAGGUCGUUCGGAGGACCAUAUCUUUUGUGUUUACACCCGGAGAAAGUAGGCCAACACCUGACCGAGUUGCAUGAAGGGGUAUGCGGUAGCCAUGUAGGGGGACGGUCGUUGGCACACCGGGCAAUGACUCAGGGAUUCUGGUGGCCCCAGAUGCAGAAGGACGCCGUGGAAUACGUUCAGAAGUGUGAGCAGUUUCAAAAGCACGCCCCUCUGAUACACCAGCCUGCCAGACAUUUGAACCCGAUUAGCAGUCCUUGGCCCUUCGCACAAUGGGGGCUGGACAUACUCGGGCCUUUUCUCCAAGCAACAAGCAAUCGAAGAUUCGUGUUGGUAGCCGUUGAUUACUUCACCAAAUGGGCAGAGGCAGAGGCUCUGGCCAAUAUUGGGGACAUAGAUGUGAAGAAGUUCGUAUGGAAGAAUAUAAUCACCAGGUUCGGGGUCCGGGACUCCUUUAUAUCGGAUAACGGGCUGCAAUUUGACAGCCGAGAUUUUCACGAAUUUUGCAACAAUCUCGGUAUCAGGAACAUGUAUUCUACUCCGACGUAUUCCCAAGGCAACGGCCAGGUUGAGGCCAUGAACAAGGUAAUCGUGAACGGCUUGAAGCGAAGGCUGGAAGGAGCAAAGGGCAACUAG